UUUCCAUCAUUCCCGAUUCAUGUCUUUGACUUUAUUGUUUCUCAAAACCAUAAUAUUUGCAAAUUAAAAUUCUUUCGCAGUUGUGAUUAGUAUUGAAUCCUUAUUGAUUGAUGAAAUUAUUGUUAAGAAUUGUUUCACUGGACGAUGAUUGAACGAUGUGCAAUAAACACUAACUAAAUUGUCAACAAAGUUAAAUUAAAUUUUGUGAAAAAUCAUUUUAUUCGACGCCAUUAUUUGCUUGCAUUUCGAACACAAAGAAAUCGUACAUUUUUAGUCGUGGGGUCAGCCUAUCCUUGACUAGAAAUAUUUUUCUUUUGGAUUCAUUUUCAAAUCGGUCGUUGUUUAAAAAUCAAUUGUGCUUGGUCAUUGAAGUGAAAUAUCAGAAAAUUUAUCACUGAAAGUCAGUGUGAAUGUCCGCAGUGUAAAAGUUUAUAUUUUUUUCGCUGAGACGUAGACGGGUUCAUAUAGCUAAUAACAACAAAGCAACUAAUUAUGUCGAGCUCAGCUGUUAGAGCCUUGACUCUUGAAUACAAAAGCUUGCAGGAAGAACCUGUCGAAGGGUUUCGCGUCAAACUGUGUAACGAUGACAAUCUUUUCGAAUGGGAAGUCGCUAUUUUCGGACCACCAGACACGCUGUACCAGGGUGGAUAUUUUAAGGCUGUAAUGAAAUUUCCAGCAGAUUACCCAUACUCGCCACCGUCAAUUAGAUUUAUGACUAAAGUAUGGCAUCCAAACGUAUACGAGAAUGGUGAUCUCUGCAUUUCUAUUUUGCAUCCACCAGUUGAUGAUCCUCAAUCAGGUGAACGUAUUGAAGAAAGGUGGAAUCCUACUCAAAAUGUGCGGACAAUUUUGUUAUCAGUAAUCUCACUGCUCAACGAACCAAACACAUAUUCUCCGGCGAAUGUAGAUGCAUCGGUUAUGUACAGAAAAUGGCGUGAUUCGCAUGGAAAGGACAAUGAAUAUCCAAACAUCAUUCGUAAACAAGCGUUAGCCGGAAAAUUGGACGCCGAAAAGGAAGGAAUCGUUGUUCCGCUGACACUAGAAGAUUAUUGUAUAAAGCCUAAAAGUAAGCCGAGUAAUCAGGAAAUGGCGCUCGAUUUGACCGAUUUCUAUGACGAAGACUACGACUUAGAUACUGAUGAUGAAAAUCAAGAUUCUGGCGACUCCGAUUAUGCCAACGGCGAUGACAGUGGAAAUGGAGAAACAUAACCAUUCUGCUAUCAAAGCACAUAUUUCGUUAAGAACUACGAUAUCAAGCAAAAAAUAUAACAGAAAAAAAACCACACAAAUUUCCGGCUAUGAACUAGUGUAUGUGGAUCAUUAACUUUGAAAAUGUAAAAUGAAAAUGGUUAUCACGUAUAAUAUUGUAGUCUGAACAACACAUUGGGAUGUGAGUGCUAAUGUUUUUUUCUUUUCGUCAAAUCUAUCUUUUUUUACUUGAAAUAUAUUUCUUUUUAAUUCGAAAUUGUUAUUAGUCGUCUUUGAAGCGCUUGUAGGUAAAAAAUUGCUAAAUUAAAACGAGUAGAUUGACCGAUUAUCGGAAUUAUCAAUUCGAAUUGUAUCAAGUGUAUCGAUUUAACCGGUCACGCAGCUUUUAAUUUGGCAAAAUAAUUUAUUUUAAUUGACUCACACCUCUAUUUAUCGACGCGGAAAUGAACUAAAAUCUUCCUUCGUAGCUUUUAUUUUGUUUCGAGUAUCUCGAUUAAUUUGUAAUAUUUUUUCGCUAUUUUUUUAGGGAAACAUUUAAAAUAUUUUUUUAGCAUAAAUGGUUGGUUGGUAGUUUUUAGUUUAUAAGUUCGUUUAGUUUAAAUAAAAUGAAAAUUUAAUUAAAAAAAAUCUUUAUUUUUGUGACGUUCGCUUUGUGAAACAGAAACCAUGUAAAUAAUUGCAUUGAAUUUAAAUUGAACAGAAUUCCAUCUAGAAUGGGUAAAAUACAUAAAAAAAAUGAAAUUU